UUUCAACUCAUGCCUUUUGGAUAUACUGUUGUGUAAAACAGUUUUCAGUUUGCUGCUAUCUGUAUAAAGUCUCAUAACAUUGUGCUUGUGCCACUGCUGCUCUUCCUCGCUAUACAUGAUUGGUUUAGGCCCACUUUACUGGCAUUGAAACAAACCGUGCUGAAUAUGCUUCCUGCAGGGGACAUUAGAAAGACAACAAGAGUGUCUAAAGAAGCAAAGGGAGGCGGUGAAAUACAGACUGAAGAAACUGGCAGCGCGGCAGUCCGAGAUCACAAAAAAGUCCUCAGAGAUAAGGGAGAAAAUUAUACGGAAAUACCAGGAGAUCCAGACGGUCCUGGAGGAGGACCUGAGGAUUACUUUGUCCCACCUGGAGAUGGAGGAGCGGGCUGCUGUCACUGCCUUGGAUGGGCUCAUGGAGAGGAACUGUUCUCUGAUCCAGAAGAUAGAGCAGGACUUGGCCAGGCUCACCUUGGCACUGGACCAGACCAUCGUGGAGCCCGAUACAAUGUCUUUCUUUUCAUAUCCUGAGCAGGAGGACACAGAGAGUGCGGACAGAGUGAUUCAUCUGCUAAACCAGUCAGAUCCAAGUAGCGUGAACCUGGAUGAGGCCAAAGCUGAGCACCUCCUCAGCCUCACCAACAGUAUGCUUCUGCUUAUCUGCUCACAGACCCCUCUAAUCAAGAAGCUUCUGAAGAGCUGUCAGUCUUCUCGUUCCAUCUCCACCUUCAAUCACUACAACUUGACCCUUUUGGCAUCCAUUCCAUCUAAAAAUGUCAAACAUGUGUCCCCAGAUUCUAGCGAGGUGCACCUGGAUCCAGAAACAGCCCAUCCAAAGCUGGUCAUCUCUCCCCAAGGUGAUAGCGCUGCCUACAUCGACACCUGGCAACAACUUCCUGAUCAACCCCUACGCUUUGACACCACCCUCAACGUCAUCAGCUUGGAAGGCUUCAGCUUUGGUCGCCAUUACUGGGAGAUCGAUGUGACUGGGAAGACUUACUGGGAGCUUGGUAUUACAUACCCUUCCAUUCCGCGUAAAGGGACAUCAGAGCACUGUUGGCUGGGUCGGGGAGCUGAGUCCUGGUGUGUGGAAUUCUUUGACGGGGAGUACACUGCCUGGCAUGGAGGGGUGCCUCACCAACUGGCUUUCACAAAACGCUUCUGCAGGAUUGGUGUUUUGUGUAGCUUCCCCGCAGGUUUGGUGACAUUUCUCGAGGCUGAAAAGAUGACGCCCCUGUUCUCCUUCAGUGCAGGAAUAUUCUCGGAGUGCCUCCACCUUGCCUUGUGCCCUGGCCAUGACCACAAUGGAAACAAUGCGAAACCAAUAAUAAUAUGCAAUGCUUCAUUUCAUAAGAGUGAUCUCUGA